AUGAGUCUGACGACAUUCGAACGACCCGGGAGCAAUAAGUUCCCCCGCUCCGACGAACUUGUGGUGUUGGAACUAUCAUCACAACAGUCCUCGCGCGGUGAGCGAUAUUUGUCUUUUACGCCCACCACAUCCCUGCGCUCUUGUUCUUCUCUUUAUUGUAUCGUAAUGGACGCAAGGCUUCGUAGAGUCAACAAGGAGAUUGCAGAUUGCAAGAACGACAAGACUUCACAAAUCAAGAUCGAACUCAUUGACGAAAACCCGUUCCAUCUGAAAGGAUCAUUUCCUGGGCCUCAGGAUACACCCUAUGAGGGAGGUCACUUUGAAGUGGACAUCGUAAUCCCAGAAUCAUAUCCGUUCCAACCCGUGAAGAUGAAAUUCAUAACGAAAGUCUACCAUCCGAAUGUUUCCUCUGCAUCUGGCGCGAUCUGCCUUGAUAUCUUGAAAGACGCGUGGUCGCCGGUUCUGACGCUCAAGUCGACGCUGAUUUCGUUGCAAAGCUUGCUUUGCUCUCCGGAGCCAAGCGAUCCCCAAGAUGCGGAAGUCGCCAAACAUUACAUGACGAGCAAGAGCAGCUUCGAGGACACUGCGACAUAUUGGACCCAGAUUUACGCCGGUGGGCCUGGGCCGAAGGGAAAGGCGGGGAAGGGAGGACCGAAUGGCAAAGACGAAGUGGCUAUGGCUGGAUUAGAGAAGGCACAUGUUGACCGCUUUGAGGCUCUUGGUUUCCCAAGGAACAACGUGAUUGAUACCCUACGACGUCUAAACUAUCGUGGGGCUAAUGUGGCUCAGAUAUCGGAUGACAGAGUGGUCGAAGAGCUUCUGAAGUGA